AUGCCUUGCGCGGACCACGCCUCUUGCGACAGCUGCCUCGAGCCUGGUGACUCAAGCGAGGGGUGCUUUUGGUGCCACGCGAGCGGCACCUGCGAGAUGGCGUCAAUCGGCACCGAGCCGUUUGGCGAGUGCGAAGAUCCGUCGUACGCGCGCGGGAUGUGCGCGUGUGCGCACCACACGUCGUGCGGGAGCUGUGCCGUAGCGACGAACCCCGCCUGCGUCUGGAUCGGGCCGGCCGAGCUUCGCGGCAGCGUCGAGUACACGAAUAACUUCUUUUUCACCAGCUUCGCAACCCGCCAGUCGAUGUCCUCCCUCUCUGUCCGCGCGGGCGGCUGCCACCCCGGCUGGGGCUUUGGAGCCUUUGGGCUCGUGCAGAAUGCGACGCUCUUCAACGGCGGCAUGGGCCACCUCUCGGUGCAGACCGAGCUGGUACCCGACGAGUACUUUUGGGCGCAGUGCUCCCUCCCCAACGAGGGCUCGGCGCUCCUCAUGAUGGGCGCCAUCGCCGCCGCCGCCGCCGUGCUGUCUGCCCUCAUGGGUGCCAUCUUCCCGCAGCGCCCGAAGCGAGCGAUUUCCGAGCUCCCGCUGAUCUAG